AUGGCAGACAGAGCAGGAGGAGUACUUUUGGCUUUGCUGUUGUUCCUGAGUGCCAGUGUGCCGUGUUUCUCUGUGUAUAACAGCGGCGAGUGCUUCUUCAACACUAAAGGGAGCUGUGUACACAUGGGGAAGUUGUACGGGAUAGGAGAGAGCUGGAUAACCAGUGACUGUUACCAGUGUGUCUGCAUGGAGCCUUUUGGAGUAGGAUGCUGUGACCAUGGAUCUGACCCUGUGGACUACCCAGACUGGUGCGAGGUCAUCCGCAAACCUGACUCUUGCACGAGUGUUGUAGUGAUGAGAGUCAAUCACAGACUACCAUGCCUCAGACCAGCUGCAGGUCAACCUUGGAAAUCUGACAAUGAUCCUUUAUUUUGA